CACCCAGCUCCAGUUCUCAGCUGGGGCAAGUGACAGCAGCACAGAGAGAGUCAAACUCCUUCCUAACUGUUAGGUGAAUUACGCUUUGAAAAGGGACAUUUGACCACCUGUGAACCAUGGAAGAAAACGGGUCCCACACCGAGCCCGGCAGCGUCACCGGCAGCACACACACCAUCCCACAGCAGCAGCCCGAAAACAUGGAGCUCCUCAUCCCGAGCCACAGCCCGUCUUCAGCCCCGUCCUCCCCGACCCCAACCGGCACCCUCUCCCGGCUGGGCUUCAAAAUUCCCACCAGCCCCACCACGGCCGUGCCGGGUAGCCCCAUAGACCGAGGCCAGGUGAGCGCUAUCACCGUGGUGGCGCUGCUCGACAAGCUGGUGAACAUGCUGGAGGCGGUGCAGGACAACCAGCAGCGCAUGGAGCAGCGGCAGGCCGACUUGGAGGGCGCCGUGCGUGUCGUGCAGGGCGACGUCACCCGCCUGUCCAAGACCCACCUGAGCACCUCCAACAGCGUCAGCAAGCUGCUCGAGCGCUCACGCAAAGUGAGCGGGCACCUGAAGGAUGUGAGGGAGCGCAUGGACAAACAGGCAGUGCAGGUGAAGAAGCUGGAGUCCAACCACAGCCACCUGCUGAAGAGGAACCACUUUAAAGUGCUCAUCUUCCAGGAAGACAAUGAGAUCCCCACCAGUGUGUUAGUCAAGGACUCCCUCAGGACCCCCCAACCAAGCCAGUAUGAUGCAGACUCCAUCCUUCCUGCUCCGUCUGUUACCGGCUCUAUUGACGGCAGCCGUGCCAAUGAGGAAGGUCUUCAGAGCAUUAGCCUUUCCUCAGACGAGGAUGAUCUUACAAUUCACCAUGAAGAGGAUGAGAUGUUCGAGGGCGACGCCGCGAUGGGCCUGGGCCCUUCCCUACCGUAUGAGAGAAGGGCUGAUAAGUUCAAGCGCAACAGCCUGAAGAAGGUGGACAGCCUUAAGAAGGUCUUCUCGCGUCAGAGCAUAGAGAAAAAGAUGACCCUGAUCUCCACAAAAAUCGUGCCUCCGGAGAAGCGGGAGAAAUUAAGAAAGAGCUUCACCCCUAACCAUCCCAAAAGCCCAACUGCCAAGUCGUCCUCUUUCAAGGUGUCCCCCAUGACCUUCAACGUCAAGAAGAACAGAGACGGGGAGGUCCCCACACCAGACAUGGGCUCACCUGAGGAAGAGGUCCAUGUGGAGAUCCCUGCUCUGGGAAGCAUGGAUGGAGAGAUUGUCUCGGCAGGGGCGCACACGCAGGCAGGCGUUGUGGAGCAUAUCCACGAGAUGCUCAGUUCCACCACCCCAGAUAGCAUCAAGGCACAGCUAGCAAUCAAUGGAGAGGCACCAAGCGUUGAGUGCGAGAUCAAUGGUGAUCGUGUCGCUGGCCUGGCAGUCGCAGAGGUUGAUGAAGAUGUUGGCGAGGAGGAAGAAGAGGAGGAAGAAGAGAAACAAAAAAGCCCUGUUGAGAAAGCUGAAGAAACGCAGAUUCCCACAGCAACAGUUGCUGUAGAGCAGGUCGCUUAAUUACCAUUAUAUAUUUUUUUGCUCAAGUUUCUACAUUUAUAAUUACCCAGCAGGCACACAUUUUCCCUCCACUAUAAAAAGUCUUAUGUUCUUGUCAUUAAACACUAGAAACAUACUCUUGGAUUCCUAAGGUAGUCCGUACUUGGACCAUCAACCCUAACCAUUUAAUACUCAAGCUUAGUCUAAAGCACCUUGAAACAGACUGUCGAAGCAACUAGGUAAACACAUACACCUACAGUGUGUCUGAAUUAAAGUGCUUCCUAAACCCUGCAGCAGAUUUUGUCCAAAGAAAGCACCAACCUGCCAGUGUACCAUAACUCACUCCCUUUAACAGGUGCCCACCUCCUCAAUAGCAGCACAUCUCCAGGGCGCUGGGCCAACUGUCUCCCUCCUGCUGUGGUUGUCUGCCUCUGAGCUCUCUUCCUCACUGAUGAGCAGCCUCUUCAUUCUUUGUGUUCUUUUUGUAAAAACAGUAAAUCUUCAACAGCAGCGGUAAUGCCCACAGAAUGUUGAGGAGGUGUGUUGCCAGGUUGUGUAACAGUUGGAAUGAGUGAAGUUUCAGGGUUUCCAGUGAAAAAGUCCUGGGGUGUUUUGUAGUGGACUAGAGGUUGUUUACUAAAUCUUUGAAAACUGGGCUGAAAAAAAGAUUUUAACAGGUGGUUAUACUUUAUUAAUUUGAGUGGCGCUGCCUUGUAUCCUGUCCUUCAAUUGCGCCCCUAGAAAUACUUCCAUAGUGCGAUCCAAUUGGUCAAUUUCAGGAGUAAAACUAAAUUUGAAAUAGUCUAAAUGUUUAUGCAAAUCACGUCUAUCAUUAGCCUUAAAAAGCUAAAGGACAAACUUAUUUGCUAAUAACAGUUAACACAAUUGUGCCUUAUUACCCUGGUGCAAUGAAGGACAUUGUUGCAGGAUAGAAGCUACUGUAGAUGUCUAAACACAAAGAACCCUGCAGGUUUUAAUACUGACAUACUAAAAGUGCCUUGUAGAGCGCUUUUUGCUUUUUCGCAGGGCAACUUUAUACGUUUAUGUGCAUGAUUUUUCACUGUGAGGCAGACUUCUAUCUAGGUAUUUAGUUUCACCACCAUGAAAUUGAAUCUUUAUGAUAUCUGCCCUGAGUUAGUUUACUUUAUCAGCAAAUAUUGUCUCCGUUCAUUUGUUUUGAGUUACUACAUGAUAUGUGGGUGUUUGUAAGUCUUUGUUCAGGCAUCAAUAACUUGCAUGGUGACAUGUUUACCAACACAUAAACACUAUCUUAUACAUUUGCCAGGGCACCAUCACUAAAUCGUUGGCCCCCAGAUUCAUGCACACACUCCUACAGUCUCUUUACCUUGCACAGGCUGGUCUGAGUAAUUGCAGUCCUGGAGGUAUGGAUUCCUAAGUUUUAGUAGAUAAGAGUGAUAUUAAAACAAGCCUGAAGUUUUUCUUUUCUCCUGAGGAAUUGCUCGCAGCUAACACUUCAUGGGGCAUAGUCAUAAAAGCUGAGAAGUUCAUAGAAGCUGUAAAUUCAAUUUCUAAUCAUUUCCCUUAAACUUUUUGUUUGUAAGUCAUGCCUGGAAGAUUCCAAAAGUGAACUUCCUCUAGUUGCACACAAUUAGUGCUCUACCAGCCAUAGGUGCAGAUGUCUAAUGCCAUGACUCCCUAGAAAUAAUUGAGCGAGUGGUACCAGGUGCCAAGGAUCCAGAGAGGUCAAAAAAGUGGAUAAAGGCAGAAGACAGCAUUCCUAGCUUUGACAGAUGACUCCUGCUCUGCACAUUUUUCAUGCUCUGGCCUCUUUGUUAAGACGGUGCAGAGAGAGGAAGACACUGUCUGGAGCCACAGGUGUUCCGCCCCUGUGGAAAUGACUAGGCAUGUAGUUGAAAGAGGACAAGUCUGGGUGUUGGGAAGUCUGGGAAAGGGAGAUGAAAUUGCCUCAGGGUUAGGCAUAUGUAUGUAAAAUUGUGAGUGUAAAAUGGAUUAGACCUUGGGAACUGAAAUAAGUUAUAAUGGGUAUUGAUGCCUCCUAUAUAACAAAUAGAUGAUUAAUUGUAAAUCAAAAAUAUAGUACCCCAUUUUUGGGAGUAUUUUAACUAUGCAACAUUUUUCUUGAGGUCUUACAAUGGAUAAGUAUGAAAUAGUAGAAAUAUUUUUUAAAUGAUUUUUAAGCCUUUUAUUCAUGUAUUACAGAAUUUAAACUGCAAGUCUGCUUAAUGGGAUCUGUAAAGUAAAAAAAAGAAAUGAAUGAUUUUAAGGAAGCCGUUAAUUGUGUUUAUUAAACAUACUUCGUCAUUAUGAUAAUCCUUACUGUCUUUUUGUUUCUUCUUUGUAUAAAUGAUCUUGCUGAAAAGGGAUUGAACACUAGGCUUGUGUGAACAUUUUUUGAACUGUAGAGGUUAAUUUGUGACUGGCUUUGAGGCUUAUUCAUGCAAACGUGUUAUAUUGAUGUCUUUGUCUGCUAAUGUUAAAAAUGAAUAUAUAGAUAUAUAUUUGUUUAUGUCUGCAAUAUUCUGUUCUUAUUUGUCCUGAAAUCAGACAGUUUAUGUCUUGAUCAUACUGUAUGUGGGAGCUGUUUAAUGCAACAGAUAUUUGCUUAUAGUGAUAUCAUGUUUAACAUCAACUUUGAUUAUAAAGUGUUCUUACUUUAUUGACUGUUUAUCUAGUUAACCACUAAAACCAAAGAAGUUUCCGUAACAGCAAUAAUUCCUAGAGGGUUUAAAAAACCGCCUUCUGACACUUGUUUCAUCUAGUAAUAUAGCAAUGUAUACAUCAAUAAAGAUUUUAUAACGUCAAAA